UUUGGCACGCUGCCCUGUACUGACCCCUCUCGCCCCCCCUCCUCUCUCUCUCUCUCUUGCCCUCCACAUGCAUAGCUGGACUGGUGGGUGUAAAAAUAGCCGGGAUGGGAGGUGGUGGAGCUGAGAGGAGAUGUUAGUCAAUGGUCACAGUUGGAAUUAGCAACGAGCAAAAAGCCAGCGCCGUGCUGCUCUGCCAGUAGUAACAGGACACAAGUCCAGUCAAGUGGUUAGGUGUUGAGGACAGGAGCCGGGCUUAGGCUCCAGGGAGAUUCCUUUCACACUCUGAUGGGAUAGACCCCAAUACCCAGCAUCAUGGGCAACGCGGCCAUGUGUAAGGUGUGUGGGUCGGACAAGGGUCUGAGGACAUUAGGGAGUCAGUCCAACCCGGACCUGAAAUCCCCACCGGAGUACUACUGUCCGGACCAUUUCCCAGUGCAGCCAGCGCUUACAGUGUCUGACAGCAAUACCAGUUUCCUGCGAGCGGCAAGGGCAGGGAACAUUGACAAAGUUUUGGAAUAUCUGAAAGGAGGAGUGGACAUCAGUACCUGCAACCAGAAUGGUCUUAAUGCACUGCACCUGGCAGCAAAGGAGGGACACCUGGAUCUGGUGCAGGAACUGCUGGACAGAGGGGCGGCUGUGGAUUCAGCCACAAAGAAAGGAAACACAGCCCUCCACAUAGCCUCUCUGGCUGGUCAGGGUGAAGUAGUGAAAGUCCUGGUGAAACGAGGAGCCGACAUCAAUGCACAGUCUCAGAAUGGAUUCACUCCGUUGUACAUGGCUGCCCAGGAAAACCACAUGGAUGUGGUGCGGUACCUACUGGAGAAUGGAGGCAACCAGAGCACUGCUACAGAGGAUGGCUUCACCCCUCUGGCCAUUGCCCUCCAGCAGGGCCACAACCAGGUGGUUUCCAUCUUGCUGGAGAACGACACUAAAGGCAAGGUCCGCUUGCCGGCUUUGCACAUCGCCGCACGCAAAGACGACACAAAGUCGGCCGCACUGCUCCUGCAGAACGACCACAACGCUGAUGUCCAGUCGAAGAUGAUGGUCAAUAGGACUACUGAGAGUGGAUUCACUCCGCUGCAUAUCGCUGCCCACUAUGGGAAUGUCAAUGUGGCAACGCUCCUGCUGAGCCGGGGGGCGGCGGUGGACUUUACUGCAAGAAAUGGAAUCAUUCCUCUUCAUGUGGCUUCCAAACGUGGCAACACUAACAUGGUUCGCCUGUUACUGGACCGCGGCUCUCAGAUUGACGCAAAAACAAGGGAUGGUCUCACUCCGCUCCACUGUGCUGCUCGCAGUGGACACGACACAGCUGUAGAGCUGCUGCUGGAAAGAGGAGCGCCCCUACUGGCCAGGACCAAGAAUGGACUGUCUCCUCUCCACAUGGCGGCGCAAGGAGAUCACGUAGAAUGCGUCAAACAUUUGCUGCAGCACAUGGCGCCCGUUGAUGAUGUGACGCUGGACUACCUGACGGCGCUCCACGUGGCAGCGCACUGCGGGCACUAUAGAGUCACCAAGCUGCUGCUGGACAAGAGGGCAAAUCCUAACGCAAGGGCACUGAACGGUUUCACUCCACUACACAUAGCCUGUAAGAAAAACAGGGUGAAGGUGAUGGAGCUGCUGGUCAAAUAUGGCGCCUCUAUCCAAGCCAUCACAGAGUCGGGGUUGACUCCCAUCCACGUGGCGGCCUUCAUGGGUCACCUGAACAUCGUCCUGCUGCUGCUGCAGAACGGGGCCUCACCUGACGUCAGCAACAUCCGCGGAGAAACAGCCUUGCACAUGGCGGCCAGGGCAGGUCAGGUGGAAGUAGUUCGAUGUCUCCUGAGGAACGGAGCGAUGGUGGACGCCAGAGCUCGGGAGGACCAGACUCCUCUUCACAUUGCGUCACGUCUGGGAAAAACAGAGAUCAUUCAGCUGCUGCUGCAGCACAUGGCCCAUCCUGACGCUGCCACCACCAAUGGCUACACUCCCCUUCACAUCUCAGCCAGGGAGGGGCAGGUGGAGACGGCCUCUGUGCUUCUGGAGGCCGGGGCUUCACAUUCACUCGCCACCAAGAAAGGCUUCACUCCUUUACAUGUAGCUUCAAAAUACGGAAGCCUGGAUGUGACCAAACUCCUGCUGCAGCGCUCCGCUCCUCCCGAUUCUGCUGGGAAGAACGGCCUCACGCCUCUCCAUGUUGCAGCACAUUACGAUAACCAGAGUGUGGCGCUCCUGCUCUUGGACAAGGGAGCGUCCCCGCACGCCAUGGCGAAGAACGGCUACACGCCGCUUCACAUCGCCGCUAAGAAGAAUCAGAUGGAAAUCGCCAACGUGUUGUUGCAGUACGGCGCUGAGACCAACAUACUGACCAAGCAGGGAGUUACUCCGCUCCACUUGGCCUCCCAGGAGGGUCACGCUGACAUGGCUGCCCUGCUCGUUAGCAAGGGUGCCCAGGUCAAUGUGCCCAACAAGAGCGGCCUGACUGCCCUCCAUCUGGCAGCACAGGAAGACAAAGUGGCGGUGGCUGAGAUCUUGGCAAAAAACGGAGCCAACCUGGACCAGCAGACCAAAUUGGGAUACACCCCUCUGAUUGUCGCCUGUCACUACGGUAAUGCCAAGAUGGUCAACUUCCUGCUUAAGAACGAAGCUAGUGUCAACGCCAAGACCAAGAAUGGAUACACGCCCCUUCACCAGGCAGCCCAGCAAGGAAACACACACAUCAUUAAUGUUCUGCUACAGCAUGGUGCCAAGCCCAAUGCUGUCACUAUGAAUGGAAACACGGCUCUGGGAAUCGCUCGGAGAUUGGGUUAUAUCUCUGUAGUGGACACACUGAGGGUGGUCACGGAGGAGAUCAUCACCACCACCACAACGGUGACAGAGAAACACAAGCUGAACGUGCCAGAGACCAUGACUGAAGUUCUGGACGUCUCUGAUGAAGAGGGUGACGAUACAAUGACAGGAGACGGAGGCGAGUAUCUGAGGCCCGAGGACCUCAGGGAACUCGGAGACGACUCACUUCCUGGGCAGUAUCUGGACGGAAUGAACUACCUCCGCUUUAGUCUGGAGGGAGGCCGUACUGACAGUCGAAUGCAAAGUUCAGACAGGUCGUUCACGCCCACUCACCAAAGCUUCUACUCACCCAAACACGAAGGCAUGAUGGAGGAGAUGCUCACCAGCCACCAGUUGUCGUCGCUGACCAGAGAAAAUGAGAGGGAUUCAUACAGACUGAGCUGGGGAACAGAGAACCUGGACAAUGUGGCUCUAUCCUCCAGUCCGAUCCACUCUGGUUUUCUGGUCAGCUUCAUGGUGGAUGCUCGGGGCGGAGCCAUGAGGGGCUGUCGACAAAAUGGCCUUCGCAUCAUCAUCCCACCAAAGAACUGUAGCGCGCCUACGCGGGUCACGUGUCGACUGGUGAAGAGGCACCGUUUGGCUACAAUGCCUCCCAUGGUGGAGGGAGAAGGCCUGGCCAGCAGGAUCAUCGAGGUGGGGCCGUCAGGAGCUCAGUUUCUCGGUAAACUCCACCUCCCUACUGCCCCUCCACCUUUAAAUGAGGGGGAGAGUUUGGUUAGUAGAAUCCUCCAGCUCGGCCCACCGGGUACAAAAUUCCUCGGUCCUGUGAUCGUGGAAAUCCCUCACUUCGCUGCACUGCGAGGCAAAGAGAGGGAACUGGUGAUACUGCGCAGCGAGACUGGAGAAAGUUGGAAAGAGCAUCACUGUGAACACACCCAGGAGGAACUCAACCAGAUACUCAACGGCAUGGAUGAAGAGUUGGACCCACCGGAGGAGCUGGAGAAGAGGCGUAUUUGUCGCAUCAUUACCAGGGAUUUCCCGCAGUACUUUGCGGUGGUCUCGCGCAUCAAGCAGGACAGUAAUUUGAUUGGUCCGGAGGGAGGAAUCCUCAGCAGCACAGUGGUGCCCCAAGUGCAGGCAGUUUUUCCCGAAGGAGCGCUCACUAAGAGGAUCAGAGUAGGACUGCAGGCCCAGCCUGUUAAUAUCGAUGUAGCGAGGAAGCUCUUGGGUAACAGGGCCACCUUCAGUCCCAUCGUCACCCUGGAGCCCCGCAGAAGAAAGUUCCAUAAACCCAUCACCAUGACCAUCCCUGUUCCGAAGAGCAACUCCGACCCAGCCCUGAACGGUUUUGGAGGGGACACGCCCACAUUACGACUGCUCUGCAGUAUCACAGGUGGAACCACACCAGCCCAGUGGGAGGAUAUAACAGGCACCACUCCUUUAACCUUUACCAAUGACUGUGUUUCAUUCACCACCAACGUGUCUGCAAGGUUCUGGCUCAUCGACUGUCGGCAAGUCCAAGAGUCGGUGGCCUUCUCCACUCAGAUCUACCGGGAGAUCAUUUGUGUUCCCUACAUGGCCAAGUUUGUCAUCUUUGCCAAGACCCACGAUCCUAUCGAGGCUCGUCUGCGCUGCUUCUGCAUGACUGACGAUAAAAUUGACAAAACCCUGGAGCAGCAGGAGAACUUCACCGAGGUGGCUCGCAGCAGAGAUGUAGAGGUCCUAGAAGGGAAACCUAUCUAUGCAGAGUGCUUCGGGAACCUGGUUCCACUCACCAAAAGUGGCCAGCACCAUCUCUUCAGCUUCUUCGCCUUCAAGGAGAAUCGACUGGCACUUUUCAUCAAAAUCAGAGACAACACUCAGGAUCCAUGUGGUCGACUGUCCUUCAUGAAAGAACCGAGAAACUACAGGUCACUUGCCCAAACAGCCAUAUGUAACCUCAACAUCACUCUCCCAUCAUAUUGCAGAGAAUCUGAUUCAGACCAAGAGGAAGAGACCAACCGAAUGCAAGAAAAAGAUGAAGAGACGGGAUCAUCAGCCCUGAAAACAGAGCUGAUUCGGGAGCCAGACCUCCUAUCUGACGUGUCAGAAAUGAAACAAGAUUUGAUCAAGAUGACUGCCAUUUUGACUGCUGACUCUACAGUGAAGUCCCCUUCCUUAGGAGGAUGUGGUCUGGAAAAGGGCACUGAGGACAUUUCUGGGGAACCCUUAGAAAUAAUGGAGAAAGACUUAGAGAAAGUAAAAGAGGACCUAGAAAAAGUCAGUGAAAUACUGAGAAGUGGUACCUAUGAGGGUGAGGUGGCAGAAGAACCAGCAAAAUUAGCAAGGAUGUCAGAAGAAUGGGUUUUUCUUUCAGACACUGAGAUAGAAGAAGCCAAAGCAAUGACAGCUUCAGAAAAUCAAGAACCUGUCUUAAGGGAAAUCAGAACCAAUAGAGGCUCCCCAAGACCUAAAGGCAUCAAGGACAGUGGCGAUCUUAAAGAAUACCUCUUGGAUGCACCAGCAGUUCCUAAAAUGAAGGCUAAGAAAGAAUCAGCCAACCAAGAAAGGUUUACUGAUGUUGUACUGCGCAAAAGUGCAAAAGCAGCUUCUCCAAGCAAAGGGCAUGAAAAAACUACUGGUGAUGUUAAGAAACCAUUCAGAAAAAAGGGAAAAGAUCAGGGAGAGGAAACAAAAGAGACAGGUACCCUCCUAGGUGUUCCAGCAGCCCGAACCCCAGCUUCUCCGGUCUCCCCAGUUAUUGAAGAAACUCCAAUUGGGUCAAUUAAAGACAAAGUCAAAGCUUUACAACAGAAAGUAGAAGCAGAGCAAAAGAGCAAAAAGGGCACUGGAACCAAGCCUUCUCAACUGCCUAUUGCAGGAAAAUCUUUGACAAAAGCCAAAGAAAGCCCUAAAGGAAAACAAGCCCCCUCCAAAUCACCUAAAGCAGAACCUGAAAAACUUGAGGAAACAAUGUCAGUUAAAGAGCUGAUGCAAGCGUUCCAAACGGGGCAGGAUCCCUCAAAAAGAAAGUCUGGGCUUUUUGAGCUAAAAACAUCAAAAUCAGAGAAAACUGCAAAAUCCGACACUAAAAAAGCAGUAACUCCGUCAGAGCGAGAAGUCUCCAUGGAUUCCAAACCAUCUAAAAAAGAGACAGCUCCGACGGAUGCUAUCAAAGAUGCGGAAGCUGCUGCUCCUGUGCAUUCAAAGCCAAGCGAAAUGGUAGACUUUGGGAACGGUGGCUUUGAUGACAGCCCUGACAGCCUUAAACAUGAGGCUGUUGCAGAAUCACUUAGUGCAAGUUCUGGAGAUGGAACCCCUCACUUAAGUUCGGAGGAAAGCUACAAACACGAGGGUCUAGCCACACCAGGAACAAGCCCUGAGAGUUUGUCUCCCAAAACUGGACAGGAGACAGUAACAUCAGCAACUUCCACAACAGCCCCAAAACAAAGUAAGGACACAGAGAAGUCUGGAGACUCUGGUAGAGUGGCCACAGUUCACCAACUACCUACAGAACUUACCCUACCUGUAUCUUCCACGGAGGCAGCCGAUGCCCACACUACAAGUGAGUCCAAGCCAUCAAAGCCACAAAAGCUAACAAAAAGAAUUUCAGAGACUGUAGAAAGUUUUCUUAGUGAUGAUGAUAGCCCUGACCCCCAAUUAGCUUUGCCAUCUUUUGUGAGUUCACACAAUAGAUCAUCUUGUCAGGAGAAAGAAAGCUUAGAACUGAUUUUAAAACAAGACUCAGAUUGUCUCAGUCCAUUAGCUGAUGAAUCAUUGACAAUAAGCCAUAGAGACUCACUAGACGGUAGUCCUCUUAUGGAAGACAACUCCUCCCAUAGGUCUCCAGACUCCAUUGAACCUAGUCCAACAAAGGAAUCACCGCCACAUGACUCCUUAGAGAGUAGCCCCGUUGAGCAAAAAAGCCACCCCCUCUUCCCAUCAUCACUAGGUCCACCUAGUAAACUUGGAAGCCAACCAGAGCCCACCAAAUGUGCAGAAGUCCCUCAAGAUGCAUUACGUGGUAGGCUGCUUCGCGACUACGAGGCUAGUGCUGACGAUGACAGUUUUGAGCAGACAUCUCAGAUGACGAGUUCUGGUAAGAGUCCCCUCUCCCCUGAUACUCCUAGUUCUGAAGAGGUAAGUUAUGAGGUAAACCCUAGACACCCUGAUCAGACCUUUCUUUCUAUUACAUCCAAACCAUACGCCAUCCUUGAAGAUGCAGAAGAAGAGGACACAUCAGAGAGCCAUGAAGCUAAGAGAAAAAUUACCCCAGACGAGGAAAUGUUUAAGAUGGCAGCCAAAAUAAAAACAUUUGAUGAAAUGGAAGAAGAAGAAAAGAGCAAAAAGAACUCUAGAAAAGAUCUAUUGGCCUCAACAGAUACCAAAAUAGGAGAUGAAACUAAUAAAACAUCACAACCCACAACUGAAAGGCGAUCACAGAGUGAUUGUGGGCAUAACAAAGCCACAGAGGAAUCACAGAUAACUCUUUUUACUGAUCCCCAUAUUAAAGUACAACCUCCCUCUCCUUUUUCAGCAGGUUUGCAUGAAGGAACCCCCAACAAAGAGAUCAAGACAAUGGCAGCCAAUGUCGUUUUAGAGGGACCUCACUCUGUCUCAGACAAGCCCCUUUCUGAAAUACAGCUGGAGACCUCUCUGGACCAGAGACUUCCAUCAUCUAUCAAAUCUAAUAGAGAGUCUAGCAACAUCAUUACUCACGAUGCAUCAGCUACUGAAAACGAGAGUCGUUGGAAAAAAGAGGAUUGUACAAUGAGACUGAUCGGAGAGGUAACAAAUGAAGUAAAUGACCAUCCCAAGGAUCAAACAGUAGAGGCAGAAGCUAAACUUGUUUCAAACCAGUCAAAGGGAAUGUGCAAAUCAGAGGUUAAUAUCUACGAUGACACGGAGGAAGAUGGUGAGACACCUGGUCACCCCAAAACUGAGUCAAAAGGUGUUACUGCAAAGGCAGAUGAUCCAUGGUGUUCCUUGCGGGAGGAUGAUGCCAAUUUUGCAGCUCGUGUCCUCGAGGAGGAACAGAAAAUACUGAACCUAGUGGUAGGCCGUCAGUCUCGACAGGACUCUCCAGAUACAACACCUGGUAGAACACCAACAGAAGAGAGCACUCCUACCAGUGAGCCCAACCCUUUUCUGUUCCAAGAAGGAAAGCUCUUUGAAAUGACCCGUAGUGGUGCCAUUGACAUGACUAAAAGAAGUUAUGAGGAAGAGGGGGGUGGUUUUGCAUUUUUUCGGUUUGGUGAGCAACCUUUAGAAGAGCCGCUCUUGUUUGAGACAAGGGAAGAAGGUAAGAGAUCAGCAGCAGAACCUGAAGUUGGCCUAAAUCUUACACUAGAGAUUAAGACUGAGGAAAAUGAAAAAUCAAAAGAUGAGAGCGAUUCUCAAAUUGAGUCUCUUCCUGACUGUGAUGACACAGGCACCAAACUUGAUGUAGGAAAAUCUAAAAUCCCUAAAAUGGGAAUUUCAGCUACAGUGAAAGAGCAGACAUCUAAAGAAAUUGUAGACAAUAAAACUGAAACUGUAAAUAAAGUUUCACUCGAAGUAGACACAAGUAUCUGUGAACAGAUGAUUACAGUACAGACAGCAGAAACUACAGUUACUAGACCCAUUUACUCUGAGCAAGGACAGGAGUCUUCUGACUCCUCUCCAGAAGAGCCACAGUCUGUAGUAGAAACUCCCAAACCAACAGAAAAACCAAAACAAAGUACAAGCAGUGUAAAAAAGGCUCCAGGCAAAACACAAGCCAAAUCAGUAAAUCAAAAUAGGGCAAAAUCCACAGUCCAAUCCCCCUCUUCUGCAACCUCUUCUUCAUCCAGUCUUAAAAAAGAGCCUUCCUUUACAUCUGACUCAAAAUCUAGAAUUCCCAUCAAGGCCAGCACUCCUAAGGCUGAUUCUGCUGUCAGACGUGUUGAAACUACUCAAGAUAAAAAGCUGAAGGUUCCUGCCAAAAAAGGUACGAGGAGAAAAUCUGAGACAGAUGCAGGUCCCUCUGUGGACGUCAAAACCAAGAUACCUUCUUCCAAAGCCAAGAGCUUCUGUGAGGGCGAAUCCAGCAGGCCUACUGCUAAAAAAGAACAAGGCCGUCCAUUGAGUGUUGAGUCAGCAAAAUCGAAAGGCUUCUACUCCAGGCUGCCAGUCCGAGGAAAAAAUGCACAGGCGUCUCAUUCCUCAGCAUCCACUAAGGAGAAACCUGAGACACGCAAAAAGUCUCUUGAGUUUGUUGAGGAAAUAAGCAAUGAGGCAGCUAAAGUUGUGGCAAGGUUGGCACAGGCAGAAAAGGAAAAUGAACAAGAGGCUGCAGCGGCGAACUCAGAUGAUGAGAGCAGUCUCAUUGACCCUUUAAUUAUGGAAAAAGAACAUUUCUUGGAGAUGCAGUUUCCUCCCACAGGAGACAUCUUUCCGAUUAGACCUCAGUGGGAUGACCCUGUUGAAACACAGAUGCAGCGAAUUCCAGAUGAUAAAGUCCAAAGUCAAGUAGACCCACAGGAUGAGGCAGAGAGAAAGGAGCAACGGUUGGCCAUUAUAGCUGACCACUUGGGCUUCAGCUGGACGGAGUUGGCACGAGAACUGGAUUUCAGUGAGGACAGAAUUAACCUGAUAAGGGUUGAAAACCCCAACUCACUACAAGACCAAAGUUACGCUCUGUUGAAACUAUGGGCAGAGAAGGAGGGAAAGGAUGCCACAGAGACAACUCUGAUGAAGAGACUGACAAAGAUCAACCGCAUGGACAUCGUUCACCUCAUUGAAACCAAAAUAAUCAAGUCCACUCAGGAGGAGACAACAUCACAUACCUAUGCAGAAAUUGAGAGGACCAUAGCACUGGACCAUAGUGAAGGGUUCUCUGCACUACAUGAAGACUUUGACAGUCCGAGGCAGAGCAGACGCAUAGAAACGACACGCAAAAGUCCAAGUUCAGGACGAGAGGUACCAAUGGUUGCAGCGGAGGACUUGUCCUGCAGUUUGUCCUCACUUCAAGAAACUACAGCAAGAUCAGAAAUGGACUCUUCAGCCACUAGCCUUCUUAGAAAUCUGACGGAGAAAGUAUCAAAUGAAGUUGAGACAACAUAUUCAUCCGAAAGAAUAUAUGAAGAAAUGGCAGAUUCAGUACACACAGGCAGUUACAGACAAGAGAUAGAUGAGGAACUAGGGAUGCUGUCCUCUGAUAGCUCAGAGGAGGAGGUGGUGACCACCAGGGUGGUCCGACGCAGAGUGAUCAUUCAGGCGGAUAACUUGCCAGAAAUCCCCGCACAGACUGUCACGGAGGAGAAGUACACAGACGAGCACGGCAAUAUGGUGGUGAAAAAAAUCACACGGAGAGUGAUUCGCAAAUACGUAUCGGCCGAUGGCAUGGACACCCAGGAAGUGACGAUGGAGGGCUCUCACCAGGAGAUGGUGAAGAUAGAGGAGGGAGAUACCGUUUCCAGGGUGGUGAAGAGAACUGUGCUUCACAGUGGGGGAGAUCAGAAAGAGCUGACGUUUUCAGAACCGUUGGCUCUCGGUGCAGCAACGCCCUCAGAUUUUGAGGUAGAACCAGUGCAGGGUCGAAAGGUCAGCAAGGUCGUGAAGAAAACAGUGGUGACAGGCAAAAGGACGGAGAAGCAAAGUGGAGACCAAUCACUGGCUAAAGAUCUUCCCUCGGCCAGAGAGGACUUUGAGAAGGCUUUGAGUUAUGCUGGAGGUUUUGGGAAAGCGCUCCUGCCUCAUGUAGUAGAGAAAGAGAUUGUUCAGGAUGAUGGCUCUGUGAUUCGAAGAAGCCAAAUGCGUAAGUCCCGGACCCAGAAGAGGACCGUGGUGAGGGAUGCCCACGGGAAGCAGGUGCAUCUGGAGAGUUUGGAAGACACGCCGGAGGCCCUGCAGCCCGACGCCCUACAGCAGCACCUGCACCGCCUGCUCCAACACUACUGUGACGAUAAACUGGAGGACGAGGACGACGGCGAGGACGAUGGAGAAGAGGAGGAGGGGGAGUGUGACGUGGACUGAGCAGCUGCUUCUACAGUGCUUCUCCCUGAGUCCUCCCAUGUCUGUCCACUUCCUGUCUGUCCUCACUGAUGAACAGCGUUUUGUGCUUUUCCUUCCACUGCGUUGUGUUUCACUUGCUCUUUUUUGUAACCAAAGAUGGCAGACUUUGUUUUCGUUUGAGUUCAAUAUAUGCCAUGUCACAUUUUUUGUUUUUCGGCUCCUGCGGUGUGGGUCAAAAUCAAACACGGGAGUGUUUCCUCGGAUGUCUUGCCUCACGCACGGGCCACUUCUUUAGGAACUCUUGUAAAACACUUGUAUAUAAAAGGGAUGAAAGGAUUGUGCUUGGACUCUGGGGGGUGGAGGGGGUGACGGCCAAAAAGAGAGAAAAUAUGAGAGCAUUUGAAAACCUUCGUCCGUCCUGACCUGCUGUACGCACGCUGAUUCAGCUGGAGUCAAAGUCAAAGUUGGAUUCAUCACAGAUUCAUCAACCUGCUGAUCUGUUUACAAUGGCUGUGCAAGCACACCUUUUGUCUUCCCAUGAUGCAUCUGCCUAGUUCUUUCUCUUGUCCUUGUGUCUUUCACAGCAUGUGUUCGUAUGUAGUUACAUUUUUUUCUGCCACCUCAGAGCGUGCGUGUGAGAGUGUCUGUGUACAUACAGUGUGUGUAAGUAGUGUUGGGCAAAUUUUAAUGCACUUAAUUCAACUGUCCAUGUCAACGUGCUCACUUCCUGUUUUGCUCUGUGUCGCCUUUUGUGCUGCUUCUCCUCACCUCAGGCUGCAGCCUCACUCACGGUACCGUUACUGUCCUUCACUGAGCCUUGAAAAAGGUCAAGUCUGGCUGGAAUUCUUUUUACUGUCAACAAAUCGCACAGGAAAUGGCAAUUGGCAUCUCCUGCUAAAUUAUUACGGUGGAAACUCUUCAAAUCUGUUCCGUUCAAGUCAGACAAUCCCAUUUACCAUCAUCGUAACUGCUGCUAUGCUCCGUCCAACCGCUUAAGACGGUGUUGGAUGCAGACAAUGUACAGGGAGACAGCUGCAGCGAGUCGGCUUGUUCGUAAGUAGAGCAAAAAUAGUGGCCACUGCACUGACAUUAGCCGUAGUUCUCCCCCUGCUGGCCGAAGAAGUUUUCUCAGCACUGAAUCUCCUUGAUGUUGGGUUUAGAGCUGGAAAUAAGGAUUGAAUGAACGAAAGGAAAUGUAGGACACAAGGACUCAAAACUAUUUGGGUCAGAGUCACAGAUUUACGUUUUUCACUCUCUUUAUAAUUAUAAGCCUAUUAUUUAUGUAUAUAUUAAUAAUAUAUUUUAAAGUUUAUGCUGGUUUUUAUUUUGAAGGAGUUGAGAAUAUUUACUUAGAAUUUAGCAUGUUUGUUGUUUAUUCGGUCAAUACAUUUUAAAUGCUUUUAAAAACCCCAACAGAUGCACUAAUCCGUAAUGUUCGUGUGAGGUUGAUUGUUUUUAUUUUUAAUUAGUUUCAAAUCACAUUUAGUUUGUUUGUUUCUUUAGUUUAGGUUGUUUUUUAAGAGGUCAGGCCUGAACCUGAGUCACAGCGAGAAGCAGUGUGGAUUUGUUGACACUAAUAAAACCCCGGACUUACCUUUUUUUAAUGUUUUUGUUUCUUUCGUCAUGAAGAUGCUUUAGCCUCACAUAACAAAUCCACUUCCACCCACUUUUAGGUUUUAACAUGUUUGUGUCUAUUUAUUGCUGUCCUUUGUGACCUUGUACAGUCAGAGCCUAGAGCCAUGUGUGUUUGUGUGUGCGUUCGAAUGUGUCGUAAAGCUAACGAUGAAGUCCCACAAUCUCCUCCUUAGAGAAAAAGUUGAGUGGCUAUGAAAGUUGUGUUCGGACUGAUGCGGUGUGUUUGUUUUUAUGUACAGCGUAACCACAGGAUAUUUGCGAUGCCACGUGCUGUGUGUGAUUUGCUGGAGGAAUUAAAAAAAAAAAUGUCCAAAAGUGAUUUGAUAAAAGAGCAUCUUGUUUCCACGCUGAUAAACAGUAUAACCAUAUUAACAACGCAAAUAUCUACGCGGGCAUGAAUGGCUCUAUCAAAUUAUUACUUUAAAAAAAAAAAUAACAACCUGAAACGCUAACAAGGCUUAGCAGCUGCAGUGUGUACAUGGCAGAACAGAAUAAACUGUACAUGUGUCAAAUGUG